AUGGAAAAUGAAACAAUAAAAAUAAUUACGUCGGAACGCGGAAAAGACUUGGCAUUAGUUGGUACAGACAAAUAUCGUUUUAUAAGACAACGAAAAGACGAGCAAGUUAAAUGGUUGUGCACAAACAGGACAUGUUAUGCCAGUAUAUUGUCAGACAGUGGCCGUUCAAAAGUAUUGUCAAUGUUGGGUGAGCACAGACAUAUUUACAAUGGAGAAAAUCGAACACCAAAUUUUACGAGAAAAUUGUAA